ACUUCAUUCUUUUGGGUUGUUCUCAGAAACCAAACCAAACAUCCAAAAAUGAAAGUGGUCGGUUUGCUGAGUGGCGGGAAGGACAGCUGCUUCAACAUGAUGCACUGUGUAGCGAUGGGCCAUGAACUGGUUGCCCUCGCCAACCUCAUGCCUGCCGCCAGUGCUCCAGACGAGCUCGAUAGCUUCAUGUACCAGACGGUGGGCCACGAGGCAGUCGAUGCGAUUGCACGCGCGCUCGAACUCCCGCUCGUCCGACGGGCCAUUCUGGGCACAUCGCUCCACACAGAGCUCGCUUACGACCCUUCUGUCACUGCGGCUGCUGCGGGCGCUCCAUCGACCGUCGGCGGCGGCCCGGACGAGGUCGAGGACUUGUUCGCCUUGCUCCAGCAAGUCAAGGAACUGCAUCCCGAAGUCGAGGCUGUCUCGGUUGGUGCGAUCGCGUCGGAUUAUCAGCGACUUCGUGUGGAGCAUGUCUGCAAGCGACUUGGUUUAACGUCACUUGCAUUCAUGUGGAGGAGACCUCAGGCAGACCUCAUGCGUGAGAUGAUUGAUGCCGGCUUGGAGGCCAUUUUGAUCAAAGUCGCGGCUGUCGGUCUUGAGCCCAGGAAACAUCUCGGCAAAACGCUCGGCCAAGUCCAUAGUCACUUGCAGCGCAUGAAUGAAAUGUACGGGCUUCAUAUUUGCGGUGAAGGCGGCGAAUACGAGUCGUUCACGGUCGAUUGCCCACUCUUCCGUCACCGCAUCGUUGUAGAUGAGACGGAGAUCGUCGUCCACAGCCACGACCCGAUUGCACCUGUGGCGUACCUGCGCAUUAAGAAGCUGCAUUUGGAGCCCAAGGACAAUAUUCCUUCUCAGCGCGAUUGGGCGCUGGAUGCAGAGAGGCUUCGUGCUGUCAUUUCCACCUCCAAUCCGUUCCAAAUGGUCGAAUCAUAUGAAACUCUUCAGCAACACCUCACUUUGUGUGAAGACGCGCCGCUCGCAGCCUCGACUUCGGAGCCCGUGAUUAAUGCCAGCCAAUCGGAGCAUUAUGCACCGUCUCACCUUCAGCAGGCACACGGCCAUGUGUGGGUUGGCUUGAUCACCCCGGACAUCUCGGUGGCAUCGUCCGUUGACGAUCAGAUUGUUUCUCUCUUUGAACAGCUCGUUGAUCGUCUUCGGUCCAUUGGAACAUCUCUCGCUCAUGUGUCGGUGAUGCACUUGCAUGUCGCGGACCUCGCCAACUUUGGUCGCGUCAACGCCGUGUAUGGGCGAUACUUUGAUGUCAGUCCUGCUUCUCGCAUCUGCAUCCAAGUGCGGCUGCCACCAGGAAUUCACGCGCAACUCGAUUGCGUCGCGUCCGUACCCAACCCGACAUUUGCGGUUCCUGCAGAUCUUUCCGAUUCAGAGGCAGACUCUGAUGGUGAGGAUGAAACACCGACUCGGCGGAAACAAGCACGUCGGGAGCUUUGCGAGGCUGCGUCAAAGCUCGUCCGAUCUCGCCGCGUAAUGCACGUCCAAGGCAUGUCACACUGGGCUCCUGCCAACAUUGGUCCCUAUAGUCAAAGUGUUCAGGUUGGCAAUCUCAACUUUGUUGCUGGCCAAAUCCCGCUCGUCCCUGGCACCAUGACACUGUUGCGCUCGUCCGAGUCUCCACUUGCCAAGUACGCUGAGCAGACGUGGCUGGCCCUGGGUCAUCUUCAUCAAGUCUUGAGCGCCACCUCGUGCGACCUAGCGCGUGUGCCAUUCUUGAUCUGCUACGUGCUUGACAUUCAGUAUGGCCUUCUCGCCUCUCAACUAUUCCAAGCCUUUGUUCGGCAGCACUGUCAGGCGGACGAAACGGCAACGCCGCCGUUGACGUUGCUAGCCCAAGUCCCCGCAUUACCUCGAGCUGCGAGUGUUGAACUGGAAACGGUGGCAGUCAUUGCUGCAACUCGAUGGACAAAAUCCAAGCAGUCAGUCCAACAUGAAAACUUGACCGCGUCAUUGGAAAUUUGCAGCAACGUGCCACUUGGAUGGUUGUUUGUUGUCUUGACCAUCGAGCACGAUGCCGAGACAACCGUUGAUGUUGAGCAUGUCGCCCUACUCACUGCCAAGUGCUGGACCGCGGUCUCUCGCAAUGCGCCGCAUGCUCGGCUCUCGUUGUUCCGCGAGCGCGCUGAUUUGACGCCGACCUGUGCACAAGCUGUCAGCUUGCGAGUGUUCCAUUCCUUGGGUCCGAAAACAAGCCCCCAGAUUUCUGAAAGCUUAACGCGGGCGCUCGCGACAGAGAAAAGCACACCGGCCAUUGCUGUGCUGGCUUGCGACCGAGUUGGAUCGCCCUCAUCCCAUGCCGUUCUGACCGGUCUAUUGGUUGUGGCAGUGUAACUAUCUGUUGAGCUUGACGCUUUGAUAGUGACCCUGAUUUCUUGUGCAUCGACGACAAAGCAAGCGGAACUCUCUGUCCCUCCUGUUCCCCAUGGGCUCCCUUGCCACUUUAAUCAUAGAAUAAUACUCGAUUUGACAAG